AGAGAGAGAGAGUUGAAACUCCAUUGAAGAAAAAAUGAGUGAAGUGCAGGAGAUAAUUUCAGUGCCAGCAACGCCAAGGCCGGCAACUGUAGCACCAACACCGCUAUCACUGCCUGUGGGUUGUCCUCCCACUCAGUAUAAUUCCCCAUCGUUGGCAAGAUCACCUCUUCUCGAUACAGAUGAGUUGGUUGAACCACCACUACCACUUCCACCACCACCAAACAAGAGCACUCCUAGGAGUGGCGGAGCAACCCCGAGAAUGUCACUAACACCGCGGUUCAUAUCCCCAUUGGGAAGUCCGAUAAGGAGGGCUUUGCAUCUCACAAAGCUUGAUCCUCAGGAUGCUUGGCUACCCAUCACUGAGUCACGGAAUGGCAACGCUUACUAUGCUGCUUUCCACACUCUCUGCACCGGGAUUGGGGUUCAAGCUCUUGCUCUCCCUGUCGCCUUCACCAUCCUUGGCUGGGCAUGGGGAACAAUUUGCUUGACAAUAACAUUCAUCUGGCAGCUAUACACCCUUUGGGCGCUGGUCCACCUCCAUGAAUCAACCGAAACUGGGAUGCGCUACAGCAGAUACCUCGACCUCUGCUGUGCUACAUUUGGUGACAAGCUAGGGAAUUGGUUGUCCCUAUUCCCAAUCAUGUACCUCUCCGGUGGGACGUGCGUCACGCUGAUCAUAAUCGGUGGUUCAACUGCAAAUAUCUUCUUCCAACUGGCUUGCGGCGCUACAUGCUCGAUGAAGCCGUUGACUGCGGUGGAAUGGUACUUGGUGUUUACGUGCGCGGUGGUGGUACUGUGUCAGCUGCCCAACUUGAACUCCAUAGCAGGGGUGUCUCUGGUUGGGGCCAUUACUGCAGUAGGGUAUUGUACAUCAAUGUGGGUGGUGUCCCUUGUAAAGGGUAGGCUUCCAGGGGUGUCCUACCAUCCCGUGAGUGCAAGCAAUGAUGUUGCUAAAUUUUUCCUGGUCCUCAAUGGACUUGGGAUCAUUGCUUUUGCUUUUAGGGGUCAUAAUCUUAUCCUUGAAAUACAGGGCACCAUGCCUUCAAGUGAGAAGUAUCCAUCUCAUGUGCCGAUGUGGAAGGGAGUGAAGGUUGCAUAUCUCCUCAUUGCACUGUGCUUAUUUCCCCUUGCUAUAGCUGGUUACUGGGCUUAUGGUCACUUGAUACCAAAUGGCGGGAUGCUCUCAGCCUUGUUCCAAUUUCAUUCACGCGACCUCUCAAAACCCGUGCUAGAACUCAUAUGCUUGUUCAUCAUAAUAAAUGCAUUGAGCUCAUUCCAGAUAUACGGCAUGCCAGUGAUCGAUCACAUGGAGUCACAUUACACUAGCAGGAUGAAGAAGCCGUGCUCUUGGUGGAUCCGGUCACUGAUCCGUGCCAUGUUCACGUUCGGUUCCUUCUUCUUUGCAGUGGCAAUCCCGUUCUUGGGAAGCCUAGCAGGCCUGCUCGGAGGCAUAGCGCUGCCUGUCACGCUCGCAUUCCCGUGCUUCAUGUGGCUCAAGAUGAAGAAACCAAAGAAGUACAGUGGGAUGUGGUGGCUUAACUGGGGACUUGGAUUGUUAGGCGUAGGUUUGACUGUUUUUAUCAUUGCUGGAGGGGUCUAUGUUGUGAUCACCACUGGUAUUAAAGUCAGUUUCUUCAAGCCUGCUGUCUAGAAAAAAAUUAACCAUUUAAAAGAACUUCUAAGAGAAAGGAGUUCUUAUUAAUUUUCCUUACAAUUUUUUAAAUUUUUUUUAUAGUUUUUGGGUUUAUUUUGUUUGUUUUGGUGAAGUUAUGCAUAUUUGUUGUUUGUUGUUUGUUGUGUUCGAAAUUUCC